AUGUUCUCCGCUGGGCUUUUGGGCAAUCUCCUGGCUUUGGGGUUGUUGUUGCGGUGUCGUCGUGGUCACCGUGCUCGUCCUCCGUCCCUUUUCCACGUCCUGGUGCUGGCUUUGGUGGUCACCGAUCUGUUGGGCACCUGCUCCGUCAGCCCUUUUGUCUUGGCUUCGUAUCAUCGCAACCUCACUUUGACCGCCCUGGCUCAAGGAGGACACAUCUGCCUUUAUUUUGGCUUUGCCAUGAGCUUCUUCGGGCUCGCCACCAUGCUCAUCCUCUUCGCCAUGGCUCUGGAGCGAUGCCUGGCCCUGGGGCAGCCUUAUUUCUACCAGCGGUUUCUCAGCCCCCGUACGGGUUUGGUUGCCCUGCCUGCCAUCUACACCUUCUCCGCCGCCUUCUGCUCCUUGCCGCUGGUGGGCUUUGGGCAAUACGUGCAGUAUUGCCCCGGUACCUGGUGCUUCAUCCAGAUGCACCUGGAUUACAUCCAAGACAAUGGAGGCAGGGAGGUGUCCAGGUUGGAUGUCACCUUCUCGCUUCUCUAUGCUACCCUGCUCCUCUUCCUCAUCCUCUCUGUGCUGCUCUGCAACCUCAGUGUCAUCGUCAACCUGGUCCGUAUGCAUCGCCGCGGGCAGAAGACGCGCCGGCUGGCCACUCUGGAGCAGCCCCGGGCAGCCAGCAUGUUCUCCAUGGCUGAGGAGAUCGACCAUCUCCUUCUCCUCUCCAUCAUGACCAUCACCUUUGUCAUCUGCUCCCUGCCAUUCACGAUCCGCGCCUACGUGAACAAGUUCAGCAAGGGAGAGGGUGACCACGACUGGGACCUCCUUGCCCUGAGGUUCCUCUCUAUUAAUUCCAUCGUCGACCCGUGGGUCUUCGCCAUCCUGAGGCCGCCGGUGCUGCGGUUCAUGCGCUCGGUGCUGUGCUGCCGGGUGACCCCUGCCAGCCAGGACAGACGGACUCCGUCCCCCACAAAGACAAAGCUGGCAGCACGGCAGGACCCCUGUGGGCAGUAG